AUGGCCACGGGGCGUACACCAGCCAAGACCAGGCUAGACCUGGAGGACAUGGAGCAGGAGACUCCUCUGUGGGUCCCACCCCUGGGGAUCCCUCCAGACAGACACACAGCAGAGGGACUACUGGAGGAAGUAGUGGAGGCAGAGGAACCAGCCCAGGAGGAUGACUCUGUCUCACUCUCCAUCUCUAUCCACAGUUACACCAGGCCUCUGGUGAAGGACAGGGACCCAAGGGGAGUCAACAAGUGUCUAAAGGUGACGUUUGAGGACGUGAUAGCUGAGCCCCCCUCGGUGCGGAGCUUCGAUAAGGUGUGGCUGUGGAGCUACGCMCUGUUUGAAGUGUCCCGUCUCUGGUGCUACCGGCUCAUCUCCCUCCUCCUGGCCGUGCCCGUCUCUCUGGUAGCAGGGAUCCUCUUCGCUGUCCUCAGCUGCCUACACAUCUGGCUGAUCAUGCCCUGUAUGCAGCUCUUCCUGAUCAACAUGCACUGGGUUCAGACUGUGUGGAGCAGUGUGUUAAACAUCGCCAUCACUCACUUCUUUAAGAGUAUGGGAAAGUACUGUGGUAGCAUCAACGUCCGACUAGCCAGGGACGGAUGUUGGGCUCUUCUACCUUCUAUGGGAGUGUGGAGGGAUGGUGGAGGGAGGGUGGAGGGAGUGUGGAGGGCUGGUGGAGGGAGGGUGGAGGGAGAGUGGAAGGGAUGGUGGAGCGGGAGUGUGGAGGUGGAUGGAGAGGUGGAGGAGGGUGGAGGGAGUGUGGAGGGACGUGGGGGAGGAGGGAACUGGUACAGGAAACAUGAUCAAGCCACUGCUCUUCCCUAA